AUGAGCCUCCCCUGGGCAGAGCGCGCCCGGGAUCCGCCGGGGCCGCCGGAGCCGCCGCCGGGCCCGGAGCAGAGCGGCUGCGGCGGCUUCGCGCCGGGCUCGUGGCUCGGCGUGUGCUGCGCCGCCCGCCUGCCCGCCACCGCCUCGCCGCGCUACCUGCUGCCCGGCGAGGACGACGAGGCGGCGGCGGACGGCGGCGCGGCGCGGGGCGGCGGGAGCAGCCCCGGCGGGGCGCGGGGAGGCGGGCGGCCGCGGGGCGGCGGCGGCGGCGGCCCCGGGCUGCGGGCGCAGGUGAGCGGCGUGCAGAAGCAGCGGCGGCUGGCGGCCAACGCGCGGGAGCGGCGGCGGAUGCACGGGCUGAACCACGCCUUCGACCAGCUGCGCAAUGUCAUCCCCUCCUUCAACAACGACAAGAAGCUCUCCAAGUACGAGACGCUGCAAAUGGCGCAGAUCUACAUCAGCGCCCUGGCCGAGCUGCUGCACGGCCCCGCCGCCCCUUCCGACGGCUCCGGCAAGGCCGAGCACCGCGGGGCCCCCUUCGAGCCGCCCUGCGCCGCUGUCGGGGCCGGAGCUCCGCCGGGGCCGCCGGCGCCGCCGCCGGGGCCGCCCAGAGCGUCCCCCCCCGGGCACGGCCGGACUCGCUUCCCCCCGCCGCCGGCCGCGGGGGGCUACUCGGUGCAGCUCGACCCGCUGCACUUCUCCUUUGCGGAGGGCGCCCUGAUGGGACAGAGAGCCCCUUCCCCCGCCCUCCUCCUGCCGCAGCCCGGGCAGCCGCCGCAGGAGAGGAGCAAGACGUCGCCCCGGUCCCACAGGAGCGACGGGGAGUUUUCGCCCCGCUCCCACUACAGCGAUUCGGAUGAGGCCAGCUAAGGCAGGGGCGUCGUCCGCGGCACCCUCGCAAGGCCGCCCCUCGAAGCACAGACUCCGCCGUGGGGUGAGCAGCCGGACGCGGUGCCGCCACGGACGGCAUCGACUCCCCUCGGUCGCUUUGAAAUCCGCCCCUUCGUCUCCCACACCCGGCAGCCUCUGGUUUGUCCAGGGGGGAUGGCUGUUAGCGAGUGACUGUACCCGUCCUUUCUGUCAGGGUCGGUUGGUUUGUUUUAAUUUUUAGUUUACACUUCGAAAGUUUCUUUCGCCUAGAAGUCGUUGCCGUUCCCUCCUGCCAACACGCCACCUCGCAGCGCGGAGCCUGGCUCGCCCCGUCGGCGAGCAGGUGAUGCGCAUGGAGAAAGCCUGGCCCCGCUGCCGGGGGUGCCGCCGGCGCCAUCCAUCCCCACCCAGCCGUGAACCCGCCCUGACACCCCCGUCUUUCAGGACACCGAUCCUGCCGUGGGUCGCAUUGCUGUGGAAACACACACACACACACACACACACACACACACACACAAAGUCAAUAGCACACCGUUUUAACCUGUAAAUAGCGGAGAAAAUGUGGAUUUUCCUUAGAGCACCAUGUCGGCGUCUUUUGGGGUGAAACUUGGCGCAAGCACUUUAUCAGCGGCUGGAGAUGCAGUUUCAAGAGAAAAGCUACUAACUGCCAAUUGGAGACCAAUGUUUAAUUAAGCCACUUAAUCCUAACGCUCUCUUAAAAACGAAAAUGGUUUUGUCGUGUCAAACUUUUAUGUCAGUUUUAUUUUCCUUUUGUGGUAAUAGGAAACGUAUUUAUUAUGCAGUGUUUGCAAUUAUUUCUGCUUCUCUCUUUAAAAAAAAAAAUCUUUUCUACGACAAAAAUCGUUUAUUUUGAUUUUAGCAACGCCA